AUGAGCGAACUGGAAAGGCUGGCCAAAAGAAGGCUUAAGUUUUCCGAGGACGCACGUCAACAAAUUCUGGGCGACCAUUUAAAAGAUCGCUCACUGCUUAGUAGAUCCCAACGGCCAAAUGGGGCCAUAAAUCGACUCCAGCGAGACCAUCAAGCUCGCAAGGAACUUCUCGACAGCAUAGAGGCUAUAGAAAGAACCCAUGAAUCCAGUGAUCAGAUCGAGCAUGGACUUCGCAAGCUGCGGGAAGUUAUUGUUGGUGCAGGAGAUACGGACUGGCGCAAUCUUGAGUUUACCCAAUUCGCAUGUCGAGUAUAUCAGAAGAGCGUAUGGUUCUAUUGCAGUCGCCAAGAGGCUACAAAGUGCUACCCGAUUCUCAACUUCUUUGUCGAGCGUCUCGCUCCCUUUGCUCCAAGGGAGCUUGCUACACAAAUAUCCGCGUGCUGUGCCAUUUACAUUUCGCACGUUGACAACAACAUAUCGGAAUUUUUUGAAGUUUUGGAUGAAAUCGAGCUUGAUUCUCACUAUUUACAGAUAUGCGUCGCUUUGUCUCUAAUAUACUGUGUUCAGGACCAGCCAAUGUCGACUUGGUUUCGAAUUGUAUCGCAGAUUCCUCCACAUUCGCUUCUUAGAGACUUUAUUGUGGCACUUCCCGCUUUUAAAGUGCUCAAAUCGCGAACUUUGAAGUUACUUAGCAAGUGCUACAGACAGCUCUCUGUUACGUUUAUCAGUCAACACUGGUUCCAUCAUUUAUAUCCAGAACUGGAGCCCGAUCUUGAACAAAGAUGGGACGUUGAGAUAACAACAAACAAUGCGCAUAUUGUAAUGUUCAAGUGUCCCAAGUCAAAACAAUCCAGCUUCAUAGGCAGUCCUUCAACCACCUCACUUAAAACCUGA